AUGACAUCGGAGAGAGUUAAUUCAUUGGCCUCCUUGGCGACGAUUGGUGAAGGUAGAGUGAGCAAUUACUCACUGGGCAGUUCAAGAAUCAGGUCUCCAGACAAUGUUGAUGUGCAUUAUGAUAGUGGACUUGAUGGUGCGGGUUUAAAGUCUGCAUGGUCUUUUCAAAGAGUGCCUCUUGCUUCUUUUUCGAAACCUGCUCCUUCAAAAUGGGAAGAUGCACAGAAGUGGAUAGCAAGCCCUGAGUCUAAUAUAUCAAAGACCGAGCCAGUUGGUCAAGGCGUUGGAUCACGAAAGCCAGUUCAUUAUGGACUCGGUAAUCAACCGUCCAUUAAGGAGGUUGUUGAAGUGCCUGAUCAGAGAUUAUUUACUGAUGGGGAGCCGGGUACUAAAGGUAUUGACUGGAGUCAUGCUACUAAAGAGAAUGGGGGGCUGAAGUCUGUUAGUUGGGAGGCUGACGCAUAUGCAAGUGAAUCAUUUAGCAAGCCAGUGCUUGUGAUUGAAAAUCGUGUAAAAGAAUCAAUUAACCUGAACUGUCAUGAUUCAUCUGUUUCUAUCCAUGGUGCAACUGCAUUUAUUCCGCCACCAACUGCUAGAUCCGUAUCAAUGAGAGAUAUGGGCACAGAAAUGACUCCACUUGCUAGCCAAGAACCUUCCAGAACUGGAACACCUGUGAGGGCAACAACUCCUACACGAAGCCCAACUCCUUCUUGGCCAUCAUCCCCUGGAACAGCUUCAAGUGUUGUCUCUCCUAUUGGUCCUCAAACUGAUCCAUUGGGUUCUAACGGACAAGAGUUGUCUGAAAAGGAGCUACAAAUGAAAACUCGAAGGGAAAUUAUGAAUCUUGGGACUCAAUUGGGUAAGGUGAAUAUUGCUGCAUGGGCUGAGAAAGAAAACAAAGAUAAGGAUGUUUCUAGUUCACGGAAUGCUUUACAAAGAGAAAAACCAGCUUCAAGUGUCAUUGAAACUCGUGCUGAAGCUUGGGAAGAAGCUGAGAAAGCCAAGUAUAUGGCCAGGUUCAAUCGUGAAGAAAUCAAUAUACAGGCAUGGGAAGAUCAUCAGAAGGCAAAGACAGAAGCUGAGAUGAGGCAAAUUGAGGUGGAGGUGGAAAGAAUGAGAGCAAAAGCACAAGACAAAUUGAUGAACAAACUGGCAGCUGUACAUCGUAAAGCUGAAGAGAAGCUGGCAGCAGCAGAGGCGAAGAGAAACUGUCAUGCUGCAAAAACAGAACAGAAGGCAGAUUAUAUUCGCAAAACUGGUCGCUUUCCUUCUUCAUUCUCAUGCUGCUGUUGGUGCUUCUGA